CUUUUCUGUCUUUUUUCUUCUAAAAUUUUCUCUCUCUGCUGGACCCAAUUUUCCAUCAGAAUCCAGAAUUUUGUUCCCUCCAAAUUUCUAGGGCAAAGUAUCCGAUCAAAACAAAGCUCUCACAACACACACUCAUACUGCAAUCAACUGAAUAUCAAAGUUUAUUUGAUGAAUUAGGGUGAAAUUGUUGUGGAAUAGAUAUGUUCUUUACCGGUGAUUCGUCGACUCGGAAGAGAGUCGAUUUAGGAGGCCGUAGUUCCAAGGAAAGGGACAGACAGAAGCUUCUGGAGCAGACGAGGUUAGAGAGGAAUCGGCGAUUGUGGCAGCGCCAACAGAACUCGGCUGCUAUCACAAUUCAGAAAUGCUUCAGAGGAAGAAAAGAGGUGGAAGCUGAACGUUCUAGAGUGCGAGAGCAAUUUUUUCUGACUUACGGGGAGCACUGCGAAAAUGUUGAUAGGCAUUGCUUUGCACCGGGUUCGGAUUUUCUCCGCCAGUUACUUUUCUUCUUUAGUCCACAAAAUGUUGCCGAUUUUUCUGCCCUUGUGGAGGCAUGCCGAUUGCUUCAACAUUUCGUUCGAGAUAGUGGUGUGUUUAACUAG